AUGUCUGACCAGCUUUCUCCACGCGUAAACUCGGCGCGUCUGCCAGACUAUCCAAAUCAGAUUGUUCGGGUCACCGGAAAGGUCCUCAAGUUGAACGACAGCACAAAUGAGGUGAUCUUACAGGCCAGCGAUGGUGGCGAAGUAAAAGUCAAGUUUGUCACAGCUCCCAGCAUUACCUCUUCAUUUAUUGAGGUAGUUGGAAAUGCUACUGCCCCCGAUAUCCUGAAAGGACACGCGGUUAUUGACCUGGGCGAUGAUUUCGAUCUCGCUAUAGCAGACUUCGUCGUUGAGAGGUGGCACAAUCCAAAGUUCAAAGCUUUGACCGGCCUGUAG